CAAGAUGCGCACGCAUACCGUUUCAUCGUUUGAUUGGUCUUUAAAAUAGAAACCAUGUGCUUAUUUUUCUGAUAAGUUUGCCCGAUGCUAGUAACUCAAAAGUAAUCACUUAAUAUGGCGGCAUACGAUUUUAAAAAGAAAGAAGAGGUAGAAGAAUAUUUAAAGAAUCUUUAUAUAGAAUAUCAAUUUGGAUGUUUAAGUGAGAAGAAAGCUGAAGUUUGCCAUCUUUUGGGUGAUUAUCAUGAAUCUAUUAAGCAAAAUCCCAAGGAGGCGCUAAAUCUGUAUAAGAAAAAUUGUGACGAACGCGGUUAUGGGAAAAGUUGCACAAAAUACGGCGAUUACAGAGUAAUGGGUACAGAGUGUGAGAAAGAUUCCAAAGAAGCAUUCAAAUACAUGCAAAAAGGUUGUGAUAAGGACGAUGCAAGAGGCUGCCUUCACGCAGGCGCUCUUGCGAUAUCUCAAGAAAAACUUGAGCCAGUCAGGGGUACUCAGGUCUUGCUUGGAAUGAAACUAUUAAAAAAAGCUUGCGAUUUAAACCAAGAGAAAGCUUGCUUCUUUUUGUCAGGCAUUUACUUAAGCGGUAUCGAAGGAUACGUAGAAAAGAAUUUAAAAGAGGCCUACAAACUGUCGUUAAAAUGUUGCGAAUUAAAUAACCCAUAUGCUUGUGCUAAUUUGUCUAUAAUGCACAAGAGGGGCGAUGGUGUGCAGCAAAGUGCAGAGCUAGCAGAAACUUUCAGGACACGAGCUAACGAAAUAUUAAGGGAUCUAAAAGAAAAUAAGAGACCAUUGAAAUUUCAUCAGGGAAUCGAUCCUUACUGGUUUAAAAGCUGUUGGCCAGUUUGUCGGUAUACCAGAAAGACCAUGCGGUGCUACCUGUUCAGUGCGAGCAGCUCGAUCACGGCCAUACUCGCUGUCGCGUUCCUCGGCCAUAGUGCUUUGGUGGCCGGCGGCGAGUCGAAUGCAGCGAUAGAUGUGGGAGUUUAUUACGAAUCGCUAUGCCCAGAUAGCAUACGGUGGAUCAAGCAGCAACUAUUGCCGCAAUACGAUGUAUUGAAAGAUUACAUCAGAGUCACUUUCGUUCCGUACGGGAAAGCAUCGCAUUGGCAAGAUCCAAUCACGCAAAAAUGGCGCUUCGCGUGUCAGCACGGAGAAGCUGAGUGCAAUGGGAACAAGGCUCAGGCGUGCGGUAUUCACGCGAUUCAGAACGGAGAAACGGCUGAUAAGGUUCAACAACAUACCGUGGCGCUAGUUGGUUGCGCAAUGACCUCGCAGUUUCCGCCAUCCUCUCUUUCACAGUGUGCCAAGAACGUAGGAUUGAGCGAGCAGAUCCAAGAGAAGAUGAACGAGUGCAUCAAGAGUUCUCUGUCGGACGAUCUGUUGGUCGCGUAUGGCGAGAAAACGAAAGAGUUGGCCGCGAGACUCUCUUUCGUUCCAACGAUCACGAUCAACGGGGAGAUACAAAGCAAGGCGCUGAACAAUUUCUUUAAACUAAUUUGCGACAAACUGGCGGAGGGGGCGAAACCGUCUCGGUGCAGCACAGCUUGAAAAUAAACCGUUGCUUAACCCUAUCGCCACUAAAACAUCUCUGUAGUGGGUCAGAUUGCUUUUUAUACAAAGCUUGCUGCAGCAUGUCAUCGUUACGAUCCGCGCGAGGGGCCAUUACAGUAGGUUAACGACAAGCUCGAUAUAGGAAAAAAAAAAAGAGAAGGCGGUACUUAAGCUGUUAGACUAAUCCGAUUAGCUCGGAUGCUUGUCGAGUGCCGCCACAGAUUUAUCUAAUUUAGUUGACUCGAAAUAUAUCCUUCCAAGUUUUUACACCAGAUCUAUCGAUCAACUGGAACGCAGUUAGUCGAUCGACAAACAACGAAUCAAGUAUUUCCUUUUUACAAUUUUGUCAUUUUUCCUCAAACGGAAUAACCGAAUAAUGUACAAUUUGCGGAAUUUCAUCGGUUUUACUAGCACGUAAGUUUUGUUAACAUAAGCAACGGGGUACUUAUUAAUAUCGAUAACUCGUGACUCGUGAAGUCUAGAUCGUUAAAAAUUUUACAAAUCACGAGUUUAUUAUUCUUCUUAUUAUUGUUAUUCUUAUUAUUCUUCAAACUUAUUGGAAUGCUUCGAAUUCAAGUAAUUCGAAUUAAAUUAAUAGGACCGAGGACUCGUUGUUCGUAACGCUUUCUACGAACGAAAAUAUCGCGAUGUAUUUUGUACAAAAAUACUUGUACAGUGAGUCGUUUUCUUAAGGAUGUGCAACGAUUCGGAGAAAGAAGUCAGGAUUCGAACGCCCUUUCGACGAAACUGCGUUCUGCGUUUGAGGAUUACAUCGUAUCGUAGAAAAAUUGUCGCUGUCUCUGACUCGAUGUACGACGAAUAAAUAAAAAGUCCACGUUUUAUAAGCAUA